CGCUCACGCUUCUUCUGUCUGGUGCAGGGCCGUGAUUGGCUGUUUGCCCUGUCCGUCUCUGCGUACUGCUCUGCCGUUGGCUAAUUGGACUAACUCAGGGUUGUCCUCUCCGAGUCCUGACAGAACUACUACUGUAUAUUUUAGAACGUUUUGAAUGUACAGAAUGAAAUAAACAAUGAUUAAACAUAAAUACAUGUGAAUACAUUUCUAUAGACGACAAAGAGAAAUCUGUGGACAAUGCAUUUAAACCUUUGGAGGUUAAUGUUUUUAACAUCCCCAUAUUGUAUACAAACGUAGCCUAUAUUUCUCUCUAAUGGUCUCUGAAGACCUGCUUUUCUUUGAUAGAAUCUAACUUUACUUUUCUUUGAUAGUAAUGAACGUUUCUUUUCUUUUAUAGUAUCUAACGUUUCUUUUCUUUAAUAGUAUCUAACGUUAGUCCCUUAAUGUACUCUCUGAUUGUCAGACUCGCUGAAGAGCAGAUCAAUAAGGAUAUAGUAUAUCCACUUGGUCAAUAUGUGUUCACCGAUCCGUUGAGUUAAACAAGAGCCCAGCCGGUUAUAGUUGAUCAUUUAAAAUUAUGCUUUCUUUGAAUAAGGGUUCUUUGAAUAAGGGUUAUCUGCAUUUCUCACUGCAUUGUUUGCUACUGUAGAGCCUCUUGCUGGUUUAACGCCGAUUCACCGGGCCACAUGGACCCAACUUAAAUAAAUGCUCAAUACAUUCAAUAAAGCCUCCUUUACCAAAGAAAAGGAAGGUGAGCAUUACAGAGAGGGGGAUGAGGAGCAGAUAGAGACACCACACCUCGUAGGCCAACCAACGGCCCUCCCUAGCGACCCCUCCCUGCCUUUUCCAACUGACUUCACUAAUCCACACACUUAUCUUUGGACACCAGAUAAGUUGUAGAGGAGGUGCUGAAGGAGACUACUGUUUAACAGUCUUUGUCCUGUAUGAGCUCAGCCCUGUACAGUACAACCCAGCCUUCUACCAGAACCUAGCUAGACAUCCUUCAGGACAGUGCUCAGAGAUCUUAAAGACCUACUAUGGAUCAAGGACCUUACAAGACCAUCAGGGAUGUCAGUGGUAAAGUUAGCCGAGUCAUUCGGAUUGGAACCCGCAAAAGCCAGCUUGCCCGUAUCCAGACAGACAGCAUUGCAGCAAAAUUGAAGGAGCUGUAUCCCGAAGUGACUUUAGAAAUAAUUGGCAUGACCACGACAGGAGACAAAAUCCUUGACACCGCUUUAUCUAAGAUCGGGGAGAAGAGUUUGUUCACCAAAGAGUUGGAGACUGCCUUGGAGAAGAACGAAGUGGACCUGGUCGUUCACUCACUGAAGGACCUCCCCACCAGUCUGCCACCAGGGUUCACCAUUGGGGCUAUACUUAAACGAGAGAACCCCCAUGAUGCAGUGGUCCUUCACCCCCAGAACGCUGGCCAGACCCUCGCCACGCUACCCCAAAACAGCGUGAUCGGCACCAGUUCUCUCCGGCGGGCGGCUCAGCUGAAGAAGAGAUUCCCCCACCUGGACUUCAAAGAUAUCCGAGGGAACCUGAACACUCGGCUCAAGAAGCUGGACGACAAGGAGGAUUACUCGGCCAUCAUCUUGGCCGCCGCGGGCCUGAAGCGGAUGGGCUGGGAUAGUCGCAUCAGCCAGAUCCUGGAACCAGAGGACUGUAUGUAUGCUGUUGGACAGGGCGCGCUAGCUGUGGAGGUCCGAGCGAGGGACACGGAGAUCCUGGAAAUGGUGUCUGUACUCCACCACAAGGACACAGUGUUACGCUGCAUCGCCGAGAGGGCCUUCCUCAGGACACUGGAGGGCGGGUGCAGCGUUCCGGUGGCUGUGCACUCUGAGCUGAAGGACUCCCAGCUCUACCUGACCGGGGCGGUGUACAGCCUGGACGGCUCCGACAGCCUGAAGGAGACCAUGCAGGCCACCCUCUCUGCUGUGACUAUGGGUGCGGAGCGGGUGGAGGAGCGGGUGGAUGAGCAGGUGCAGCGCGUGGGGGUCACGGCGGCCAAGAUCUGGGGCCCGGACCAGGACGGCGCCGAGCGGCUGGGCAGCGGGCUGGCCGAGCUGCUGAUCAGCAGAGGGGCCCGGGAGAUCCUGGCCGUGGCCCGGCAGCUGAACGACGCCAGAUAGACCGGCGUCCUCCACAGCAGCAUUCAGUGACUCCUUCAUGCUGCCUCUUCUCCCCUGUGCCUUAAGUGCCAGUUAGACGUGGUCUUUGUAAAUGUCAAUGUAGAGGCCAGAUGUGGCCGUCCAAUAGUACUAUAAAUAUAUACUAUAACCUUUUAUUUAUAGUUAUAGUACUAUAUACUAUAACUCCCCCCCCCCCCCCCCCCCCCCUGAUCUCAGGGACAGAGCCCUGGGGGUGUAGCUGGAGGACCAAGCUAGCCAUCACCCCCCUGCCACUCUGACACAGAGUGCUCUAGAGUUUAGAUGACAUCUUAAUAGGAAUUCAACUUAAUUUCAUGCCCAAGUAAAGACAUAUUUGUGUGGAAGAUGCCUUUCUUUAUGUGAAGAAGUAAGAGAACGAGUCUUUCGAAUGAACCAGCCUUCAUCACCGAGGUGUAACAGUCAGUUGUAGCUCAGUGAGUUAGUGAUGGGCCUGUGAGCAGGGCCAUCACUCAAGUGAGGUUCACCUGUGUUGGCCCCCGACCGUAACGCUUCUGGGACCAAGCUCAUUUUAACGUGCCAAAGAGGACUAUGCUUUUUUUGAUUGGAAUUCAAAUUGCACGUCUGCUAAGCUAUUAGUCAGUGAUGGUUAAAGCAUACAUAUGUGUACUUGGACAGUUCCACCUGUCGAGGUGGUUCUUUCUAAAGAAGGCGGGGAUGGACACAGUCGAGGGGCCGCCGACCUCAACCUCAAAUUAGACCUUUUUGUUUUUAUUCAAAUACUUUCUUUGACCACUUAAACUCAACUCAGUUAAGUUAUAUGUUCCGUUUACAGCUGUUUACAUCCUGUACAUAUUGUAACAUCUUUUGCCAAGAGAUCACCGCAGCAUAAUCAACGUGACCUUUACAUCCGAGUUCAAGUCGUCCCUUUAAGUCGCUAAAUGCGAUAUACAGCUGUGGGUACUUGCUAGGUUGUACUCUGUAGAAUGAGGUACUCUGGAGAAGGGUGUGCAUGCUAUUUGUUUGGUUUUAAUCAUGCCUUACUGUUCAUAGGAUUAAGCUCUGAACAUGAAGCAUGGGCUACUUUUUAUGUUUUCUUUUAUGCCUUAAAUUUACUUGUAGGUUAAUACAUUUCUUUAUGUAUUUAGAAUCCCAUAAUUCCAGUUAAUGAAAUUCAAAUCACUUAUUUUUCUGAACUGCUGUCAAACAUGGUCCAAUAAAUAACUACUGAAUGA